GCCAAUUGGUUCGACCAUGGCCAUGGCUCCGGAGCUUGAGAGCAGCUUGAACCUCACGCAGGAGAGAAGUAAGGAGAGAGUGAGCUUAGAAGGAGAGAAAGUGAUAUUGGUUCGAUACAUGGAAGCCCACGUGCCGAAGUAUCACCAGUGGAUGCAAGAACCGUCUCUUCUUGAAGCUACAGGGUCUGAGCCUCUUACACUCGAUCAGGAGUACCAGAUGCAGCUUUCAUGGUCUCAAGACCCUGACAAGGAGACCUUCAUUGUAUUGGAUAAGGACCUGGUUGUUGGAGAGUUUACACAUGGAGAGCCCCAUGUUGAAGCUAUGGUUGGUGAUGUAAAUAUAUUCAUGAAUGACUUGGAUAAUCCUCAGAUGGCAGAGAUUGAGAUAAUGAUUGCUGAACCAAAGAGCCGUGGUAAAGGACUUGGAAAGGAAACUGUUCUAAUGAUGAUGGCCUUUGCAAUUGAGAAGUUAGGGAUCAACAUCUUCCGGGCUAAAAUUGGCGAAUCAAAUGCCGCAUCCCUUAACAUGUUCCAAAAAUUGGGUUUUGUGCAAAUUUCACAUAGCAGUAUCUUCAAAGAGGUGACUUUCGAGUUCAAAGUAACACAACCCAAGCAUGAGGAGAUGCUGGCUUUGAUGGGUGCUGUGGUCAAAUACACAUGAAUUCACGAAAUUAAACUCUUACUAAUGGUAUGUGGCU